UGCUUGUGCCAUCGGCUUCAUGCGCGCAUCAUGAGUUCAAUAAAAAUUGGGAGCGAGUUCCUAGCUACGACCAAAACACGAACUACUCGUUGUGAAUGGUAAACAGGUGCAUGGCGCAUGGUGCAAACAGGAGCAUUCACUACAGUACGAGUUCGCUAGAGUAGCACGAUAAAAUAAAGUUUUCGCUGUUUUUUUUUUUACAAUUUACGCAAGAUGUCCAGUAAUUCUGCUGUGAUAAGAUUUGGUUUUAAGGACCAUAAAGAGAUCAUGGACGCCAAAGCAGGUAACAACAAACAUUCUGCAGUUUGCAUUUUCUGCUCAACCACAAAUCGAGUUCAGCAUUCACUAGGCAUUUAAGUCGUGCCCAUAAAGCCAAGUAAGUAACACAAAUUAACAUUAUUUAAAUUUUCAUUAUUAUGAUUAAGAACACCCCCAAUAACAAUGCAUGACCAUGACCAGUGGGUAGACAUUGAUGUCGUCAUUGACACAGAUGCAUAUUCCCUCAGACACACCAGGGAGGAGUUGAAAGAAAUGUUGCAAGAUUUGGUCAUCACUGAGGCUGAUGCUAACUCUCUUUCUGAAGAUGUCACCCCCCAUACCCAUGGUAUUUCAACAUCAAGUGAAGAGGAAGAGGAAGUUCCUGCGAAAGUUCCACGCCUCCUCGCCAAAUAUAGCCGACACAGACACAGAAGUGGGGGGCCUUCACAAGAGGACACAACUAGGCGGCAACUUGUGAAGUAUCUUCAGGUGGUCAGCGAAUCUCAAUCUAUCCUGAGUGCUACAGUUUUGGCAGGACAUGGCCAAAAAGCUUCCAACCCUGUACAAGCUGGCAUGUAAAGUUCUCUCAGUGCCAGCAUCAUCUGCCCCUGUGGAGAGAAUCUUCAGCAGGGGAGGGAUCAUCAUGCGCCCACAUCGUGCACGUUUGUCAGCAGAGAUGCUGUCCAUGUUGAUGUUUCUGAAGUGCAAUGAAGAUAUUCUGUGAAAGGGACCUGUACCUAUACAAAAAAAAAACUUUUCUGGCACAUUCCAGAAUCCGACAGAACAAAUGGUUGUUAAUAACUAUUGUAUUAUCAAGUACAGUAUUAUUGUGAAACAAGUACACAAAGGAUUUAACAGUAAUUAUCUAACAGCACAAGACAUACUCAGUUUGUUUUACAUCAAUAAAAGACUUUCAUUUCAA